AGAUGCGGAGAAUGCUGAGAGAAUGUUUCUUUAAGACCCAUUACCUUCCAAUCCAGCUGAGGGGGAGUCUAUGUGGUAAGGUGGCGGAUCGUCUCUCCCUGCCUGCGCCCUCCACCCCCUCUUCCCUCCCUCUUUACAUGUGGGGGGAAAGCAACAUAAAGGGUACUUUCGGAAAGGGGGGCUAAAACCUAAAUGGACGUAUAAGGGAUUUUUUUUAUUCCAACAAACAUGGACCGUCCAGGCUCCCCGCGAUGACUGUGCUCUCCGCUUGGCGCUGCAAGGAGCUCUGCGGUGUGGACACAACUUAAAGCUAUCAGCCCACCUUUAUCCCUUCCUUUUCCAUUCCCUUUCCCCUUUCCUGUCCCUUGCCAAUCCUUGCUACCCUACGGAAAUGCAUCCCUGCAUUUGCCUUUCCACAUGAACAGUCAGAUCAUUUCUCAUGUAGGUCAGGACUUUGUGAUGAAAGACUAGUAUGCAAAAAAAAAAAACAAACACAAAGGCAAUAACCUAACCACGAUUUUGAUGUAGACAUGACCAAAGGGAUGAUAUUUUUGGAAAAUGCAAAGAUAUAUAUUUUAUACAUCUAAUGUUUAGUACAAGCCCAUAAAAGAACAAAGUCACCACAGAUAUUUUGCAUGUACAAUCCUCUGUGAAGUUUCUUUAUUAACUCCACUUACACGCCACGGUCUCAUGAUGAUGUGCGAGGUAAUGCCCACCAUAUCUGAGGAUGGGCGGAGCGGCACAGGCGGGGGCCCCACCUCACCUCCGGGAGCCGGGGUCGGAGGGGGUCCCACCGGAGCAAUGGGGGGAGGAGGAUUCAGCAACAGGGAGCCCAGAGGAGACGAAGGAGGCAGCACGGGAAACCUGGAGUCUCUGAUGGUAAACAUGCUGACGGAGAGGGAGAGGCUGCUGGAGAACCUGAGGGAGACGCAGGAAAGCCUGGGCACAGCACAACUUCGCCUCCGGGAGCUCGGCCAUGAGAAAGAGUCACUUCAGAGGCAGCUGUCAAUAGCUUUGCCACAGGAGUUUGCCGUGUUGACUAAGGAGCUGAACGUUUGCCGGGAGCAGCUUCUUGAAAGGGAGGAGGAAAUUGCUGAGCUCAAGGCGGAGAGAAACAACACACGUCUAUUGCUUGAGCACCUGGAGUGUCUGGUGUCCCGCCACGAGCGCAGUCUGAGGAUGACAGUGGUGAAGAGGCAAGCCCAGUCCCCUGCAGGGGUGUCCAGUGAGGUGGAAGUCCUCAAGGCUUUAAAAUCCCUGUUUGAGCACCACAAAGCCUUGGACGAGAAGGUUCGAGAGCGGCUCCGUGUGGCCCUCGAGAGGGUGUCCAUGUUAGAAGAUCAACUCUCAGCAUCUUCUCAAGAGGUAAUCUCUUUAAGAGACCAAAUUAAAAGGCGUCAACAAGGGGUGGACGGCGGUAAAGAUCGGCUCCCCAACGGUCCCUCGUCUGGGCUGGAGGAUGGGGAGCUUGAAAGGCAGAGAGAAGGAGAGAUAGAGCGUCAAAAAGCUGAACUGUCCCAGCUGAGGGAGAGGCUGGCCCUCAUGUGUCGGCAGGUUGGAGAAAUAGAGGAACAGCUUGCAGCCGCCAGGAGGGAGGUGACGAAGACUGAGGAGGCCAAUCAGAAACUCCAAAGGGAAGUGAAAGAGGCUCUUUGCCAAAGAGAAGACAUGGAAGAGAGAAUAACAACACUAGAGCGAAGGUAUCUUAGUGCCCAGAGGGAGGCGACCUCUCUCCAUGACAUCAAAGACAAGCUGGAGAAUGAGCUGGCCAGCAAGGACUCCCUUUACAGACAAAGUGAAGAGAAGAACAGGCAGCUGCAGGAGCGUCUGGAUGAGGCCAAGCAGAAGCUCCAGCAGACCCUGCAGAGGGCAGAAACACUGCCUGAAAUCGAGGCACAGCUUGCUCAGAGAGUUGCAGCUCUCAAUAAGGCAGAAGAGCGGCAUGGAAACUUUGAGGAGAGACUACGGCAAAUGGAGGCCCAACUUGAGGAGAAAAAUCAAGAAUUACAAAGGGCGAGACAACGGGAGAAGAUGAACGACGAACACAACAAGCGCCUCUCAGAUACGGUGGAUAAGCUUUUGUCCGAGUCCAAUGAGAGGCUUCAGCUCCACCUCAAAGAAAGAAUGGCUGCACUGGAAGAGAAGAAUGCUCUUUCUGAGGAACUGGCCAACAUGAAAAAAAUUCAAGAUGAUCUUCUUGCUAACAAGGAUCAACUCCUUGCUGAGCUUGAACGAGUUCAACUGGAGCUGGAUCAGCUAAGAGGCAGACCUGGUUCCUCUUAUUCCAGGGCGGGCAGCGUGAGCUCACUUCCCUCCACCCUUUUUCGAAGAUCUCUUCCAGGGAGUGCCUCGGAGCUGCGGUACCCUCAGGGUGGGGGCUCACUCCCUUCCGGCUACAGCAGCUCCUCCAGCGGUGUGGUGGUCAGGCGGGCCCAUCGCGGCCGCUGGGGGCCUGCCAGGGACGAUGGUGGCAAGUAUGGAGAGUGGGACAGUGGCAACAUGUUGCCUCCCGGGUUUGAGGGUGGUGUUGAAGGUGCCUGCUCUGAUGAUGAAGAGGACAGAGAGACUUUGUUUGGAUCUGAGCUGCUCUCUCCUAGCGGACAGACGGAUGUCCAGACUUUGGCCAUAAUGCUACAGGAGCAGCUGGAGGCCAUAAAUAAGGAGAUCAAGCUUAUUCAGGAGGAGAAGGAAAGCACGGAGCUGAGGGCAGAGGAGAUUGAGAGUCGGGUCAGCAGCGUGGCUCUUGAUGCCUCACCGCUUCCUCCAUCCUCACUGGGAGGAAGGGACAGCAUGGGAAGAGGAUAUAUGACCCCCUCACUGACAUCCUCAACGUUGGCAUCUCCUUCACCUCCCAGUUCUGGUCAUUCCACCCCCCGCCUCCCUCACUCCCCUGCCAGAGAGACUGAAAGACAGAAUAGCAAAGAGGGUGAAGAAUGCAGAGCACUUGCCCUCAUCGACUCGACCCCUCCGCCCGUCCCUCGAGCCCUGCGAUUGGACAGAAUGACUCACACUCACCCUGGAGCAGGCCUCGACGACCACCGCGAAUUCCGCAGUCUUUCCGCAGAUGGUGCCACCACUGCAAGCCAGGAUUCCCUUCACAAAACCAGCAAAAAGAAAAGCAUUAAGUCCUCCAUUGGGCGCCUGUUUGGCAAAAAGGAAAAGGGAAGAAUUGGCACACCUGGGCGAGAAUCUGCAUCAUUGGCGUCCACUCCUUCUGAUGACCUUGGCUCAGCUGAUCCUUUGGGCCUGGCAAAACUCGGGACGGGAACAGUAGAGAAAGAUCGUCGCAGCAAAAAGAAGCAUGACUUAUUAGAAGAAGCUUGUCGUCAGGGUCUUCCUUUUGCCUCAUGGGAUGGCCCUACUGUUGUCACAUGGCUUGAACUGUGGGUCGGGAUGCCUGCGUGGUACGUGGCAGCCUGCCGUGCCAACGUGAAGAGUGGUGCCAUCAUGGCUAACCUGUCAGAUACGGAGAUUCAGAGGGAAAUCGGGAUCAGCAACCCUCUGCACAGGCUCAAGCUUCGUCUGGCCAUCCAGGAAAUGGUUUCCCUCACGAGUCCCUCAGCACCUGCCAGCACUCGUUCUUCGACCAGUAAUAUUUGGAUGACACAUGCAGAGAUGGAGUCACUCGCUGCUGCUACCAAACCAGAGCAGAAGGAGUUCAGCUGGGAUCAGAUUCUGGCCCAUGGGGACAUGAACCAUGAGUGGGUUGGAAAUGAAUGGCUUCCCAGUCUUGGUCUACCCCAGUAUCGCUCUUACUUCAUGGAGUCGCUGGUCGAUGCCCGUAUGCUUGAUCACCUCACCAAGAAGGAACUGAGAGGACAGCUGAAGAUGGUGGACAGUUUCCAUAGGGUGAGUCUUCACUAUGGGAUCAUGUGCUUGAAGCGUCUCAACUAUGACAGGAAAGAGUUAGAGAGGAGGAGGGAAGAAAGUCAGCAUCAGAACACGGAUGUGAUGGUUUGGUCCAAUGAGCGAGUGAUGUGUUGGAUGCAGUCCAUCGGUCUGAAAGAGUUUGCAGACAACCUUUUAGAAAGUGGGGUGCAUGGGUCCCUCUUGGCUCUCGAUGACACGUUUGACUACACAGACUUGGCACUUCUUCUUCAGAUACCAAAUCAGAACACACAGGCGAGGCAGCUCCUAGAGAAGGAGUACAAUGCUCUGAUCUCCAUGGGAACAGAAAGGAGGCCUGAUGAGGAUGGCACAAAAACAUUUACCCGCUCACCAUCUUGGAGAAAGAUGUUCCGGGAGAAGGACCUCCGUGGGGUCACCUCUGAUUCCUCGGAAACAUUACCUGCCAACUUUCGUGCCUCUGCUAUUUCGACCCCCUCUGUCACACUGAGGAAGGUCCAGAGUGAAGCUAACCCCGGCCCCAGAGGAGAGUCGGGUUCUGUGAGAACAUACUCUUGCUAAAUAUAAGCACACCAGAACCCACUUGUACUUCAGUCUAAAGAAAAACAAAUUUUUCAAGAAAAAUAAUAUAUUGAAGAGCAAAAAUGGACACAUUAGAAGACGGCCAACAGCAUUGGAGCCAUCUGUCCUCAAAUAUUCAAAGACAGUGUGUGAAUGAUUUCUUAAAACAAAAUAACGAGUGAAUGUCCAUUUUCCAUCAGUUUCUCUCUCUCUCUCUAUUUCUCUCCCUGUGCGUCUCUUUCUCACCAUAGUUGUGGCAUGAUGAUCAUGUUUGAAUCUGUAGAAAGUGACCAUGGCCUAUCGUAAAUUCAUUUUCUUCUUCUGAGACGGCAAUAUUGACAAUGAAUUUACAGUUUUUUAUGAAAUUGAAAAAAGCAUUACUGUUAAAGAGAAAUGGCAGAUUUAUUAUCAACUGAUAGGAGAAAAUACUCCUGAUAACCUUCAGCUACAUGAAAAUGUGCUGAAGUGGAGGCUAAUGUGGAAUACCAAUGUGCUGUGAAGCCAUUGUGAAGAUGAGAUGCACAAAUGGGAAUAGGACCAAUGAUUAGAGUUGGGAAAGUGAUUAUUGAGAAACUCCUGAUCCAACCAGGAAAAAAAAAAGUUUAGAUUGGAAGCAUUUGUGUUAAUAUGCAUGCCAAAAUCUGUCGUUUCAGAGUGAACUUCAUAAUAUCAGUCAUCUAGAGAAGUGAAAGCUUGGGUCAGGACUUUGUAAAACGUGUGUAUUUUAUUUGUAUCAUUUUUAUGAUAACUGCUAUUGUAUGUAUGUAUGUACAGUACGUAUGUGUGUGUAUUAAACCGUUUGUUCAUUUCAUACUAAGUUUUGAGACUGACUGUAAUUUCAUUUUCCAGUUGAUAAAAGGAAAUAUGUUUUAAACUAUGGACAUUUAAGAUAUGCUACUUGUAUGUGUACAUUUUGGCAAAAAAGAAAACACAUUGUGUAAUGAUUUAAAUUCAUAUAACUGGAGAGUAGUGACAUUAAUUGAACAUAGUAUGAUGACAAUAAUGAACAUGAUUGUAAAAGCUGUAAUUAAAAAAACAUACCUGUAA